AUGGGGAAUUCGCAGGGGAAGCCGGUGUGCUCCUCCGAUGAAGUCAACCUAAACCAAUUCCGAUUACUUCGAGUGGUCGGGAAAGGUGCUUUCGGAAAGGUUCGUAUCGUGGAGAAAAAGGAUACCGGGUUGACAUUUGCGCUCAAAUACAUCCGAAAAGAAGAAGUGGUUCGGUCGGAAAGUGUGCGGAAUAUUAUCCGUGAACGGAGAAUGCUCGAGCAUUUGAACCACCCAUUCCUGUGCAACUUAAGAUACAGCUUCCAAGAUAUAGAGUAUAUAAGUUAUAUCGUGGUGGAUCUAAUGAAUGGUGGUGAUCUACGGUUCCACAUCUCAAGGAAAUGCUUUACAGAAGAAGCAGUGCGCUUUUGGGCGGCCGAACUCGGGUGUGCUCUGAGAUAUAUUCACUCGCAAGGCAUCAUUCAUCGGGACGUGAAGCCGGACAAUGUGCUCCUGGACUCCGAAGGACACGUCCACUUGGCUGAUUUCAAUGUGGCUUCGGACUUUCGUCCCGGAAAGCCUCUCACUAGUAAAUCGGGGACCCUGGCAUAUCUUGCGCCCGAAGUAUACGAGGGCGGCGGAUACUAUUGCGAAGUCGACUGGUGGUCCCUGGGUGUAACGUUCUACGAAUGUAUCUACAACAAGCGACCAUUUGAAGGUCGUAGCCAGGACGUAUUAAGCGAAAACAUAAAGAAAGCCCAGCCGAAGUACUAUGUCACUAAUCCGGCAGUCUCGGUUCCAUGUUUGCGAGCGAUGGGUGCAUUCAUGGAGAAGGACCGAAGCAAACGGAUUGGCGCCUCCAGUUGGGAGAGUUUUAUCUCUCACCCCUUCUUCGCUGAAAUCGAUUUUGUAGCGCUUGAGCGCAAGGAAGUCCCGCCUGUGUUCAGGCCCUCUAGCGAUAAGACCAACUUUGACGCCACAUAUGAUCUGGAGGAAUUGCUUCUUGAGGAGGCGCCACUCGAGGCCAGAGCUCGCCGACAGAAGCCACGAGCAGAAUUAAGAGAAGACGCUACAGCGAAGGAAAUCAGAGAAGAUGAGCUUCACCGUCUGAUUGAAACUAUGUUCGAGCCAUUUGAUUACACGACCGUGACUUUCCAAGGAAAUGCUGCGGAAGCUAUUGCAGCGUCGAAGAACCCCGAAGACUGCCUUCCCCCAACUGGCUCGACGCACUCCCGACAAUAUUCGCAGACCGAUUCUUCGAGAAACUCGCCUCCCUUGCGCAACAAUGAUGGGUCAGUGAGCCGACUGACUCAGCCUGAAACACCGUCACCCCACGGUGAGACCGUGGAUCAUCAGGAUUCUAUCCCGAACAAUGCUCCUACCUCUCCCACCUCCCACCCACAGCCGCCACCCUCACCAGCCCCACAGUUCCAUCGUCCAUUCCAUCCCCAGCCUCACCCUGCGGCCAACAAUCUCCCCCCAACCAACCCCAACCCUGUGCCUGGUCGUCCGAGAGGAGCAACACGGAAAACAAGCAAAGGUGGUGGUGUGCAGAUGGUGCUCGAGGAAGCAGGCAGUUGGAGUGAAUUGGCUGAUCAAAGCUCGACCCUCCCAGCCGAAGGUUAUGAUGCCGGUUCUAUCAAAGGAAAAUCCUCGAACAGCGGAAUGCUGUCCUUCCUGAGCCGGAAGAAGGGCCGUGACAGGAGUCCAAAGCCACAGGAGCCAGGUGUUCUGGGCAAAGAAGGAGCUAGACAGAUCAUUAGCUGA